GGCGCGGCCGCCGCUCCGCGCUGUUCUCCGCGCCCGCCGCCCGUCUCCGCGCCCCCGCACCGCUCCGCGCAGCCCCGCCGCCCGCCCAUGGUGCUGCCCGGCCCGCCCAGCAUGUCCCGCUCCGAGGAGGUGCAUCGCCUCACCGAGAAUGUCUACAAGACGAUCAUGGAGCAGUUCAACCCCAGCCUCAGGAAUUUCAUCUCUAUGGGGAAGACUUAUGAAAAAGCCUUAGCGAGUAUGACAUAUGCAGCAAAAGGAUACUUCGAUGCUCUGGUUAAGAUGGGAGAGCUGGCCAGUGAAAGCCAAGGAUCUAAAGAAUUGGGAGACGUGCUCUUCCAGAUGGCAGAAGUCCACAGGCAGAUCCAGAACCAGCUGGAGGAGAUGCUCAAGUCCUUCCACAACGAGCUCCUGACGCAGCUGGAGCAGAAGGUGGAGCUGGACUCCCGGUACCUGAGUGCUGCGCUGAAAAAAUACCAGACGGAGCAAAGGAGCAAGGGGGACUCGCUCGACAAGUGCCAGGCAGAGCUGAAGAAACUUCGGAAGAAGAGCCAAGGCAGCAAAAACCCCCAGAAGUACUCGGACAAGGAGCUGCAGUACAUUGAAGCCAUCAGCAACAAGCAAGGUGAGCUGGAGAACUACGUCUCUGAUGGCUACAAGACAGCUCUCACGGAAGAGCGGAGACGGUUCUGCUUCCUGGUAGAGAAACAGUGUGCGGUAGCCAAGAGCGCAAUCACCUACCACGCCAAGGGGAAGGAGAUGCUGACGCAGAAGCUGCCGCUGUGGCAGCAAUCCUGCUCGGAUCCCAACAAGAUCCCAGAGCGCGCCAUCCAGCUGAUGCAGCAGAUGGCUGCCAGCAGCAAUGGCACCAUCAUGCCGAGCCCUCUGUCUACAUCCAAAUCCAACCUCAUCAUCUCUGACCCCAUCCCUGGUGCCAAACCUCUCCCUGUCCCCCCGGAGCUGGCACCUUUUGUAGGACGCAUGUCGGCGCAGGAGGCCAUGCCGGUGAUGAACGGAGCCUCAGGCCCAGACAGCGAUGGGUACAACCACUGGUCUGAGAUGAAGUCAGCACAGCCCAAAUCUUUAUCUCCUCCCCAGCCUCAGAAGCAGCUGAGUGACUCUUACUCCAAUACACUCCCAGUUCGCAAAAACGUGCCACCGAAAAACAGCUAUGCGUCAGCCGAAAACAAGACGCUGCCACGCUCCAGCUCCAUGGCUGCAGGGCUCGAGAGGAACGGCAGGACGAGGGUGCAGGCCAUUUUCUCGCAUGCUGCUGGAGAUAACAGCACCCUCCUGAGCUUCAAGGAGGGUGACCUGAUCACACUGCUGGUGCCAGAGGCCAGGGACGGCUGGCACUACGGAGAGAGUGAGAAAACAAAAAUGAGGGGCUGGUUUCCUUUCUCCUACACACGGGUCCUCGACAGCGACGGCAGUGAGCGGGUCCACACGAGCCUGCAGCAGGGGAAGAGCAGCAGCACGGGCAAUCUGCUGGACAAGGACGACAUUGCCCUCCCGCCGCCCGACUACGGCAUGGGCUCCCAGGCCUUCCCGGCACAGGGCGGCAACACCUUCAAGCAGCGGCCGUACAGCGUGGCCGUGCCCGCCUUCUCCCAGGACUACCUAAUGCCCUAUGGGUGUGCAAUUAAAGACUAUUCCAGUGGCCUCUGCCAACCGCCCUCCGCUCACUACAAGCCUUACACUAGGUCGACAGCUGGUCUCGAUGACUACGGGACGAGGUCCGUCAGCAGGGGCUCGCUGUGUCCCGGUGUCUCCAACCUGCCUUCUCUUUCCCUUGCAGCCCCGAUGUUGAAGUGGCCAGGUUUUGAGGUGCCCCUGCCCGUAGUUAAAACCCCUUUGCCAACGUCCAGCUGAAGCCAACGGUGACCAACGACCGCUCGGCCCCGCUCAUCAGCUGAUCCGGCAGCGCCGGUGCCCGCCGUGCCGCGCGGCACUCGCCGCCUCCUCCUCGCUGCUGCAUGUCCAGCUUUCCAGGACUUCAUUUUUAGGCAGAAUUUAUUUAAUCCUGCUGCUUUCAAAGCCAAAGGCUAAAGCUAGUGCCCUAGUUCUCUCUCCUCUAGACCCAGCUCAUUCCUCUCAGUGGCAGAGGCCUGAACCGCUGCCAUGCAGCCCGUCCUUUGUCUGCACGGAGCCAGGCACUGGGUCCCAGAGCCGGGUUUGCUUCUGGGCUCAGCAGCCGCUCGCCAUGGUGGGGAGCAAGGGCUGGGCUGGCAAACGGCUCCCCAGAGCUGAGCUGAGCUGCGCGUCGGGCUCACGUGGGGCAGUGACGAUGGCACAGGGGAGAUGAUGCCCCCUGCUCCCCCCGCCCGGCCAGGAGGGACCCUGUGUGAGCCGAGGGGCUGGUGGGAGCCGUAGGCAGCUCCCAGGCUCCUGCGAGACCGCGGCUGCUCACCCGGGCUCCGCUCUCCCAGCCCAGACUGGGAGGCAAUGGGUGCCAGCACUGGGGCCCCUGCUGAGACAGGGACGGGGCCGGCUCCGCUCCCAGAGCUCCUGCAGCUCCAGGUCUCUGUAUAUAUAAGUAAGUAAGGUAUUAUGGUACUGCUGUAAAAUAUAAGCUAGGAAAAACAAAAAAAAAACAACAAAACCACUUUUGGAGGCGAGGGCUGUGUUUAAGCGCGUGCCUUGGGGUGCCCAGCGGCAGAAGGGGUGCUCCCCUCAAACAGGCUCUCCCAUCCAGACCUCUUGCUUGGCUGUUUGCUCUUCCUCUAUUAGUAGAGCUGUAUGAGAGAGACAGACAUAGAUAUAGAUAAAUAUAUAUAUGAAUAUAUACACACACACACUUGCUAAGCUUAUUGCUGGGCUGUGCGCCCAUGGGCAAACUGGUGCCCGGGCUCUUCCUGCGGCUCCCGGCUGCCCCGAGCCAGCGCGGGGGCACAUCCCUGGCACCAAGCAGGGAAAAGGGCUUUUCCAGGCAGGAGCCGCAGCUCUGGUGGGGGCAGCACCUGCGGAGAUUUUGCCUUUUCCGUUGUACUUGUCCUUUUUGCACUUUUUAACCCCGAAGCAGGCAGAGCCCCGGGCGCCUGGUUUCCGUGCAGCUGGGCGCUGUCCCUGUCGGGCCGUGGCUCGUCGCCGCCGCGUCCCCUCCGAUGGCUUUUGCAGCUCCGUCACAAGGAAGUGGCUUCUCCUGCGCCCACCCGGGCUCUGGCCCCGUGCUGGGGGCUCUGGCCCCGUGCUGGGGGCUGCUGCCCACUGGGCCCCCCCUGAGGAGACCCCCCAUCCUCCAGCCAACCCCGGGGCUUUGCUGCACCUCCUGGCUUGGUGGCACCUGCAAGAUGUAACCUGAAAUAAUUUUUUAUGAGAUGAUUAAAACGAAAGUCAUUUAUGAGCUAUAAAAGCUCCCUCCACGCUCCCACCCGCGGUGGUUUCCUCGGGGGGGGGGCAGCUGCCCAUGCCGGGCAAUGAUCUGGGCAGGAAACAGCUUAAGAUAUUUUAAAAACUUUAUUAUUGGCCCGAUGAUAUUUGACACACAUGCUGGGAGCUGUAUGGACAUCAGCACUGAUAAAAAAUACAGCAAUUAUGACCCGUAUUGAUAAAAUAGACAAUGUAAUAAUAGCCUUUCUAUUAAAAAAAAUAUCCAAGACA